ACAAACGAGUUCUACGUACCGUACGGUACUGUAAUACCCUGCACAAUUCAAUUUCAAGCACACGUUCAUAGCAGAGCUGAGCAGAAUGUCUAAGAAAGUCAAAGGAUUAAUGGAGCGCCUUAGGGCGGGUGAGAAGGUCAUUUGCGCUGAGGGAUACAUAUUUCUAUUUGAGAGGAGAUGUUACGUAAGAGCUGGACCGUUCGUUCCCGAGGUCGUUCUUGAUCACCCUGAGCUCGUCAAGCAAACCCAUGAGGAGUUCGUCAAUGCAGGCAGCGAUGUCGUCAUGGCUUUCACGUAUUAUGCGCAUCGUGAGAAGCUUGCUCUUAUUGAUCGAGAAAAAGAUAUUGAGAAGAUGAACCGUACUGCUCUUCGAAUCGCCAGAGAGGUAGCUGACAAGACUGGUACCUUGGUCGCUGGUGAUAUCUGUAAUACCAAUGCUUUCGAUCCAAAGGAUCCUACUUGCAGAGAGAAAGUUAAAAACAUGUUCAAAGAGCAAAUAUUAUGGGCUGUCGAGGAAGGGGCUGACUUCAUCGUAGCAGAGACUUUCGGUAUCUUUGAGGAAGCUAUGAUUGCUCUCAAGGCCAUAAAAGAAUUUGGAAGCGGUCUCCCUGCCGUCAUCACCCUGUCUGCUUGUCAGACGGAGCCAGUCUCAUUAGAUGGAGUCGAUCUUAUGGAAUGUUUCAGACAGCUGGAGGCUGCUGGAGCAGAUGUGAUGGGUUUGAACUGUGCCAGAGGACCUGCCACCAUGUUGCCACUCCUAGAGAAGAUCAAAAGCGCUGGUUUUAAGACUCCCAUUGCAGCUGUACCUGUGACAUACCGAACAACAGAAAAAAUGCCGUUUUUCUUUGGACUUUUAGACCCCGUAACAGGUGAGAAGUCGUUCCCUCUCAACCUCGACUGCUAUUUCAAUACUCGAAAUGACAUCUCUAAGUUCGGUCGACGCUGCGAUGAACUCGGUAUCAACUACGUUGGUCUUUGCUGCGGUAACUCACCACAUCUAACCCGCAGUUUAGCCGAAUCACUCGGCCGCGUCACUCCGUCGUCGAAGUUCUCCCCUGACAUGACUCUUCAUUGUAUAUACGGCACCGAUGAUCGUGUCAAUACCUAUUUAAGAAAAGAUGUUAAGGCCUCUUUUACCAGCGAAGACGAAUGAGGUAAAGCCGUCCAGGCGGGGGAGGGGGGCACUUGAGAUUUCAAAACGAACGAAUAGAUCAAAACCUCAUGUAAUGGUAUAGAUCAAAAGUACCAUUAAGAAAUGCUACCAUCAAUUUAAAAAAAGAUAAUUACCUAAAAAUUUUCUCAAGAAGGCGGUGCGAAAUCAGCGUUCGAGACCGUUCGUAGGAUCGCAACUUGGACGAUGGUCUUGUCCAAGAUUUUUUUAACGUCAAUAACAUAUAUUUUAACAAUUCUAGAAGCCUUAAAUUCUUACGAUGAUUGUAAGAAUGCUUUGAGUUGUUCAUAGAGGGCUCUGACGCAUUUGUUAACCGACCUUCGAAGGGAGAUUUGUAUGGCUCUCUUACGGUCGACUCUUUGCGUACUAUGUAAGGCGUUCGCAAGGUACUCGUAAGGCGUAGGCAAACAAUAAUUAUGCAACUGUUGAGUAUAAUCUUCGACCAUUUUGCGAGAAAUCGUCAGAUAGCCGUAAGCCUUUCGAAAGAAUAACUCAAGGCAUUCUUUCGAAAAACGUAUGAGUUCUAUGGCUAUUGUUUAACCGAGAAUCGUUUCGAGUUUCAAGAAUGUCUUGAGUGGUUCUUGAAAAGGCCGUAAGAAUCUAUGCCCCAUCUACGAAUCUCAACGAACUUCAGAAUUCAUACGAACAGUGAGUUUCGUACGAAAACAUGCAUCGUCCGUAUCGUAACCUAUGUGACCGUAUUUUAGGUCCUCAUACAAGAACAUUCAUUUAAAAUCUGUGUUUGAGGUGUUUUAAUACGAUGAUGGCAAAAUCGGGAUGAGUUUUCAGGGAUGCACUUAGUAGGUGCCUGUAUUGGUAACUUGAAUGUUCUUCGUGGAAAUCACUUACGUUGUUCUUUCCAAGGGCAGUCAAAGGGCAAUUCCAUAAAAUGUGUACGUCCGAGAUACAAUCCCUUGUUUGUUUUUAAUCCAUAUGAAAAGUUACAAAGCUUUAAAGGCAUUAUCACAGUUCAUGAAAUGAAAUUGGAAGGAGAUAAAAGGAAGCUCAUUUCAAAAAGGGGGUUUAAUAUUAUACUGAAUUGCCCCAAGGAAUUAUGUGAAGUUGCUACAUACACCCUGAUUCUUUGUAGUGAUGCCAUAAACCACUCAUCUAUUCAUCUUUUGUUUAAUAUUAUCUUUCUAUUUACCUUACUAUCUAUCUAUACCACAUUAUCUCACUCUUUUACAUUCAUUCCACUCUAUCUUGAUACACACAAUGUAUCUUUCUUGAGUCUAUAGGUCACACAGUAUCUAUAUUUAUAUAUUGAUAUAAUUGACCUUACUUUAUUUCUACAUAGUCCCAAAGAUAUAAGACCCCCUCCUUCAACCUUGAAUGUUGGUAUGUGUACCUUUCCCUGAUACCAACUCACAAUUCUUCCUUGUAUGAGCAAUCAGCAAAAUGAUAAUUCCUUCUUCCAAAACACUUCCAUCGUCAAUGAAGGGCUACAUUUUGUUUAUUAAAUAACCCUUUACGAAUAAAUUCAUGACCAUGAGACCUCAACAAAAUAUACCUAAAACCUGAUUAAGUAUUUUGCACAAAUUUAUACCGCUCAAGAUUACACCCUCUUUUGGAUUUCAAAGUCAUACGAUAUUGUUAGAUAAAAAGACACCUAAUCAUCAAUAACUAAAGAAAAUUGAAAAUAUGAAAUAUUCUUUGUUGAUUAGUGAAAUAUAAAAGAAUACUACUAGUAGUAUAGUUGUCCACUAAAUAGCCAGAUCAGUGGGCAUUAAAUGUUUGUAAUGCUUUUUAUUACUGAAAAUUAUAUGUAUUUCAUCUGGAAUGUUAUUUUAUUCAUCUGUGAAAUUCAUUGAUUAUGUAUGUAUAUUUGAGAACUGUCAUAUUUGUAUGACAAUUGCCGUUCUUGCAUAGAUAUUUCUAUAAAUAAUUUUGAUACUUCUAUCUGCAAGAAAACACGAACCAU